AGCGCAAAACCAUUGGCGCCCAACUCUCUUGCGCCUCAGAACAAUUUUCUUUUCUCGUCCAUCAAAGACUCUUCUUCCCCAAUUGUUUCCUUCUUCUCUAUAAAUAAAUGGCCAUCUCUGUUAAUGCUCUCUUGAUUCCAACCGAACCAAAAUGGCCAGGCUUCAUCUUUUGCACUCCCCUCUAUCUCCCACCAAAUUCGUCUUCUUGAUAUGGUGCGGCGCCAUUCUGGGUGCCACUCUCGUUGCAUCUUUCUUCUGGGCCUCAUUCUCUUCUGUGUAUAUCCCAAUUUCAUCCAACUGGGUCAUUGGACGCCCUGCCCAUCUAGUUGUUCCCAAUGCCUCUUCUAUCCCACCUCCCAAGGGAGAAGAUACUAUCACCGCGAGGAAGCUUGGUUCUGAGAAAUCUCUACCACCAACUUUUGCCGAUUUACCGGCACCUGAUUUGCUCUGGGAGAAAAUGCCACCAGCACCAGUACCUAGGUUGGAUGGAGCAUCUAUAGUGAUUGAUGAUCUUUUCUACGUAUUUGCAGGAUAUGGCUCGCUUGAUUAUGUGCACUCUCACGUUGACGUCUACAAUUUCAGCACUGACACAUGGGUAGAUAGGUUUGACAUGCCAAAAGAUAUGGCUCAUUCUCAUUUGGGAGUGGUAACUGAUGGGAGGUACAUAUAUGUGGUAUCAGGACAAUAUGGUCCCCAGUGCAGACCUCCUACUUCUCGUUCCUUUGUGUUAGAUACCCAAACAAAGACGUGGAAAAGUUUGCCACCAUUGCCAGCUCCGAGGUAUUCUCCUUGUACUCAAUUAUGGAGAGGAAGACUCCAUGCCAUGGGUGGCGGCAAAGAGAACCGCCAUACACCUGCAUUGGAGCAUUGGAGCCUUGCUGUAAAGGAUGGUGAAGCUUUGGAGAAAGAAUGGCGGUCUGAAAUUCCUAUUCCACGCGGUGGACCACAUAGGGCUUGCGUUGUGGUCAAUGAUCGACUAUUUGCAAUAGGUGGGCAAGAGGGUGAUUUUAUGGCCAAACCCAAUUCACCUAUAUUCAAGUGCUCCCGCCGGCAUGAGGUGGUCUAUGCUGAUGUUUAUAUGCUGGAUGAAGAGAUGAAAUGGAAAACUUUACCACCUAUGCCAAAACCAAACUCCCACAUUGAGUGUUCGUGGGUAGUUGUCGACAAUUCAAUUGUUAUCACUGGGGGUACAACAGAAAAGCACCCAGUCACAAAAAGGAUGAUCCUGGUCGGAGAGGUCUUCCGCUUUAAUUUAGACACGAUGACAUGGACAGUGAUCGGAAAGCUUCCUUUCCGUGUGAAAACCACCUUAACUGGUUUUUAUAAUGGAUGGUUGUACUUUACGUCAGGACAGAGGGACAGAGGACCAGAUAAUCCACAGCCAAGGGAAGUAAUUUCAGAGUUGUGGAGAACCAAAUUAAGCAUUUUAAUGUAGCUCAAGGCAUAAACAUGCUUCAGCAUGUCGAGCUUUCCCAUUUUUGAUUCAAGUUUGUUGCCUUCGGUCGAUCAAAUUAUUUUUCCUCUUUUCAAUAUAGCUUGAAUACCCCAAUUUGAGUAGGAAUUCCAUAAUUUUGUUCAUUAUAAUGUACAGAAAUUUAUAAAUAGGGAGACAUGUAGUCAGUUGCAUUUUUUUUGCCUAUUGUUUAUGGGAUAAAGUUGCAGUUCCCCUUUCUUACAAA